AUCGCUCGCAAUCCCAUUACUCGUCACGCUACUCAGCUUAACACUGGGGUGAUGAAUUCCUUUGGAAUACUUCUCCCACUUCUUGCCACAAGGCCCUCGUUCUCAGAAGUCAUCGACUGAGAACUUUUACGAGCAUACGACUACAUUUACAGCGUUCUUGGAGUAAUGCGACUAUUGCAGUCCAAUUUUCACUUUCAUUUCGACCUCUCACCGAGCCCGUGUUCGGCCACCUUUUUCUUUGAUUCGGCAACAUACUCAUGGCGCAGCACCGCCUAUAGUGUCUUCCUUUUUUUCACUUCACUUCUUGUAUAUACCCUUUGCACGGGACUCUGCGCAGUCAGCCCGUUUGCCUACGCCCUCUGCCCUAGUCCGGCAACGGCCUUUCCUCUACCUCGGCCCAUCGUGGCAGAGAUUUUUAUUGUAUCGGAGUGCAUUCCGUCGGGUGUUAUCCCAACCAUCCUAUCGGUCCUCAUACCCCCAUCUCACCAUCGGCUGUCUAUACGACCGCGUCGCCUGUUUUUUUGCAUUGGAAAGAGAAAAGAAUCGGAAGAUACCAUCUUAGACCAUUACGCGUCAAUAUAUCCUAGCCUACCAAAGCUACUGUUACAGAAAUUACAAUUAUAUCUCGUACUACAUUCUGAUCUACGUCUUUGUCAAGGGAUAUAGCCUUGCAUCUCAACUUUUUGCAAUGAUCCUAGUUUGCAACAUGCGUACCUUGCAUUCGCGCAAGCACUACUACUUACCUAGUACCGG